AUGGCCCCUCUGCCAGCACUUUCACCGGACUAUAUAGCUGGAUUAGCAAUUGUUUGUUUACUUACACUUGCAAUCAUCUCUGUAGCAUUCAUAUGUUGUAUAUCAAAACGUAGAGAAGAUCCUGAAACGACUGGUUUGUUGCCACCAACAUCUCCAAGAUACAUACCCGAAAGACCGGUGUAUGAUCUUGUACGUCGGACAUGUCAAGUGUGCUUUGAUGAAAAGUUCUCACAUGCAUUUAGUCCUCCAUUAACUGCUGCUUGUCGACAUAUUCAUCAAACAAUUUGUAACACAUGCGUUGUCAAUCAUGUUGAAAAAGCGCUUGAAGAGACAUGUCGAGAUGAUGUUCGUUGCCCUGAACUUGACUGUGGCGCUUUAUUUGACUACGAUGCAGUGCAAAAUAUUCUCAAUCGCAGUGUUAAUAAGAGACUUUUUGAUCGAUAUGAUCGAUUCAUUACUUAUCGACGCAUAGAACAAAUGGAUGAGUUCGUCUGGUGUUCAAAUCCUGAUUGUGGGAUGGGACAACUCAACGAUGGUGGACAAGCGAACAAUAUUGUUACCUGCUUUAACUGUCAUCACAGAACAUGUUUUAUCCACAGAGUUCCAUGGCAUGAAGGACUAACAUGUGCAGAAUACGAUCAGACGAGGAAUGCUGAUGAUGAAGCCAGCCAACUGUGGAUAAUCCAGAACUCGAAAAAAUGUCCCAACUGUCCAUAUCGAAUCGAAAAGAAUGAUGGUUGUGACCAUAUGAAAUGUGUGAAAUGUUCGUAUGAGUUUUGUUGGUCCUGUCUAGCUGAUUAUGAACGGAUACGAAAAGAUGGCAAUCACAGACAUCAUCCGAACUGCAAACAUUAUGCACCAUACGAUGAAACGUAG